GCGAAAUUAAUCGGUUAUUCGAAAUCGACAUUUAAUUAGUAGAAAUGAGUGUUCUAUGUUGAAGAAUUAUAAAAUAAGCAAGUUUUUAGUAGCAUUUAACUCCACCAUUUAAAUUUUUUAAACAUAAUUUCCUUUUGAUAAUUUUAUUUCGAAUUAGUAAUGAUUUGGUGGAAUAUUAUGGCAUUGGAAAUGAUCUGUGGAACGAUUUUCAUUUUUAAAAUUUUGGCAGAUAGCUGAUAAACUUUGACAGGAAAACAGUGCUUUAAAAUCAGCUUUCAGUAAUUGUUUUACUGAAAAUAAAAACUACAAAUUACGAUGUCUUUUGUUUCUUCAGUUAAAUUUUGGAAUAGAACUUUUAUGAGAAGCAUAAAUAUAUCUGGGAGAUUCCAGUAUUUGGAAUGAGAAUUUUCAACCGUUACCGCACAGGCACGGAGUUACUCUAGCUCGUGUGCCAAUGCAUGGGUAGCGGAUGCAGUAGGGCCGAAACUUCAGCUGUCUGCCCCACGGCCCCUAUCAGUGAUCCAGUAGAUCCUUUACCACCUCCUUCUCCGGAUAUGGGUGCAGGAAAAGACAGAAGGGUUUCUAUUCGAGACCCUUUGGUAGGUCAUCAGCGAAUGGGCGGCGACAAAUCUCCACCUCUGCCAAAUGUACCAAGCCAUUUGCCUCCAAGAGCAACCCGCAGAGAUGUAGACAGAGUGAAAGGAAGCAGACCUCCAAGCCCUUUGAACUACGAACAGCGGUGGGGUGAAAGAGAUGACGAUGUAGAAGAAGAAGCGUUUGAUAUCAGCGACAUUUCGGAUGACAGUGAUGAAAUCGCAGAUGACGAAAAUGUUCUACGAUCCUUGGCCUUAUUACGAAUCGGACAAUUAUUCAUGGAUGCAAAUUUUCCACCUUUGGAGUCUUCUUUGUAUUACAGUCAUCGACUAGUAGAAGGAAAGGUUACAUGGAUGAGGCCUCAUGAGAUGAUUCCGGAGCCCAAACUGCUUAUCGACACCAUCAGUCGUCACGACAUUGUACAAGGCGUGCUCGCUGAUUGCUGGUUUCUUUCUUCUUGUGCGGCAGUAGCGCAACGUCCGGAUCUGAUGAGAAGAGUAAUAGCCCCCUAUCAACCACUUUAUGGGUUUGGAUAUCGUGGCAUCGUAAGGUUUCGUUUCUGGCGUUUUGGUAAAUGGAUCAAUGUCUACAUAGAUGACUUGUUGCCAACAAGAGAAGGCGAAUUAUUAUUUUCACGGUGCUCGGACAGAAGAGAAUUCUGGGUGGCAUUGUUGGAGAAAGCAUACGCCAACCUCAGCAAGCUAAGGAGCUUACUAACAGAGCAAGAGCUUACGAUAGCAAGACUAGAAGGGCAAUUAGAGGAGACCAGAUCAAGUGUCACUCUAAAGUGCACUCACCAGAACACGGUACAUUCAAAAGACGAGAAUAAUCAAGUUCCUGAAGAGGAGGACGAAGCUAACUUGUCACUUUAUACAGAAGUAGUUAAAAGAGGUAGAAGAAAAGGAAUAAAAGGUAAAUCCACAGCAGACAACUGUCAGAACGAUUUUCAUAGAAAAGCAGAGCCUGUACUUCUGGUGAAAGGUAAGGACGAAGAUAGAACACCGGACAGUAUAGGGCACAGCUCAUUGAUACCAUUAAGCCUCAGAAACUGGGAAUCUCGAUAA